UGUACGUUGUGUUGUCUCGCCUUGUCUUGGCAUCGUGACGCCCUUAUCUGAUAACACCGCUGUCUAUCACUGCCCGAGACAUGCCUUCAGUGCGGUGCUGGCUGAGGGAGGACGACCCACGCCACUACACAAGGGUUAGAGUGCCGAGUCGCAGUGAGGAGGCCUUGACUGACUGACUCCUCGACACAACACUCCGCCAACAUGUUUGACGUCUUCAGGGAACUCAAGACUCACAUCUCCACGUCAGGAGCAACACAGGCGCGAGUAUCGUCUCUGCUCCUUUUCACGUCCAAAAUGUGCAUGCUUAUCACGCUGCUGGCCUGUGUGCUCGUCACCGCCAAGAACUACAUCGGAGAGAACAUUCGGUGCAUCACGGGAUUCGAGAAGCAGGAACACAAGGCUAUAGAGACGUACUGCUUCAUUGCCUCUACCUUCACCAUGGUGGAUCUUAACACGGACGUGUCAGCCCAUCCCGGCGUGGGUCCCAUCCGCGUCCCGCCCAUGGCAGGGGAGCAGGCUGAAGACGGGGAGAAGCGCGUGCACGCCUACUACCAGUGGGUGCCCAUGGUGCUGGUGCUGCAGGCAGUCAUCUACUACUUCCCCAUGUGGCUCUGGAAGAGGAUUGACAGAGGCUUCUUUGAAACAAUCGUCUGCCACCUUGACAAAGUCCACAUCGGUGACGUCAGUAAUAAUAUCCAGAGCUCCGUGCAAUUCUUCGCCUCAAGCUUCAGCACCCAUAGGAGUUACGCCGUGUCCUUCCUCCUAUGUGAGUGCGCGGCCUUUGCCAUCUCUAUCGGGAACCUGUUCUUCACUAACACCUUCCUGGGCGGGGAGUUCUUUAAGUUCGGUCCUGCUGCCCUUAAGUACCUCAACAGCAACGCCACUGACCCCAACAAUCCCCUGAACGAGAUCUUCCCCAAGAUUGCCAAGUGCACGUGGCAUAAAUUUGGAGCGUCCGGCACCAUCCAGACCCACGACUCAAUGUGCGUCCUGCCACUCAACAUCGUCAACGAGAAGACCUACAUCUUCCUGUGGGUGGUGUACAUCUUCACGGCCAUCGUCUGUGGCGUGCUGCUGCUCCUCCACCUCAUGCUCUUCGUCUUUCCCGGUAUGCGCAACGCCUACCUCAUCUACCUGGUGAGAAAGCACGAAACCAAGGUGAACCUGCAGUACCUCCUGCCAAAGUGUAACUACGGCGACUGGUUCCUGUUACACUACUUCAGGAGCAACAUGGUGUACUUCCAUGAGUGGGUGGCGCUGGCCCGGGCUGAGGUGCAGAAAUAGCCAGGCCACACACAGCCUCCAGUAUUUGCAGCCUGAUGCUGAUGUCAAGAUGUCUUGUUACAAAUUCACUAACCACAAUCACUGAUCUAUUUCUAAGUUAUAUAUUUGUAUAUGUGCCUUGAUGUAUAAUGAGUCUUACUUGGGAAGCUUUAGAUUCUUUUUGCUUCCUUGUAUGAAAGGAAUAUGAAACAAUGAAAAUAAAGAAUAAAAUCACUUCUA